AUGUCGUCGAAGUCACCUUCCAAGAAGCCGUCGACGGACAACGACAACGACGGUGAGAAGAAGGUCAAGUCGUCACGUUCACCGCAACGCCGCCGUGGCCGGUCUAACAGCCGCCACCGCUCCGGCUCACGAGUCGUGGAGCGCAUCAUCGAGCGGCCGUCGGCGAACGUCGCAUGGCCGAUGUUAAGUCGGACGAACUAUCCGGAAUGGGCCAUGGUCAUGGAGGUAAACUUCCAGACCUUGCGCGUCUGGGACACCGUCAACGACGGCCUCUCCGACGAUCCCGAUGAAGAAGAGUACCACGACGACUGGCAGGCGAUGGCCGGGCUCCUACGCUCGGUUCCACCCGAGCUCUGGGGUACCCUCGCCGCCAAGGGCACUGUGAAGGAGGCCUGGGAUGCGGUCAGGAACCUGCGGAUCGGCGACGAGCGCGCACGCGACGCCAGCGCGCAGCAACUUCGCCGAGAAUUCAGGAAUCUCACCUUCAAGGAAGGGGAGACCGUCAACGAGUUCGGAAUCCGCAUCACCGCACUCGCCACUAAUCUUCGCUCCCUCGGUGACAAUAUCACCGACGCUGAGGUAGUGAAAAAGCUUCUGCAGGUGGUUCCUGAGCGGCUGACCCAAGCUGCUGUUUCCCUGGAGAUGUUUCUCGAUCUGAACAAGGUGACGAUCGACGAGGUCAUCGGCCGACUGCGCGUGUUCGAGGAACGCGCGAAGCCCAAGGAGGUCACGGACGCCCUAGGGCGCCUGAUGCUCUAUGAGGAAGACUGGGAAGCACGCCGCAAGGAACGCCCUGAGCAGGAGAGCUCUAGCGGCGGUGGCGGGUCCAACAGCCGUGGGAAGCGCGGCGGACGCGGCCGCGGCGCGGCGAACUCGACGUCGCGUGACGGACAACCCGGGGGAUCCGGGAACGCCACCGGCGGUCGCCCACCUCCUGGCGAUCAUUGCAAGACCUGCGGCAAGAAAGGUCACUGGACCAAAGACUGCCGCAGCAAGAAGAAGCAAGGCGCGGCUCACGUCGCGCAAGCUGAGGAGGACGAGGAACGGGCCCUCAUGUACAUCGCCGUGGACGACGAGGUAACUGCACCAUGUACACAACACUGCCCCCACAGCAAGUCGUCUUCUGUUGUUGGAGCGCAGGCGCGGGUGCACAUCGUCGAGCCGAAGGUGCUUCUCCACCUUGAACAGGAAGAGAAGGACACCGUGGUGCCUCGUCGCUGGGUCCUUGACACCGGGGCGACUAACCACAUGACGGGGUCAUGUUCUGUGUUCGCCGAGCUGAACACCAGUGUCACCGGCAUGGUGAAAUUCGGCGACGGCUCGGUGGUCAACAUCGAGGGAAAGGGCACCGUCCUGUUCGCCUGCAAGAACGGUGAACACCGUCGUCUCGACGGCAUCUACUACAUACCAAGACUCACCACCAACAUUGUGAGUCUUGGGCAAAUGGACGAGGACGGCUUCAAGGUCGAUAUUGAGGGCGGCAUACUGCGCAUCUACGACCUACAACGCCAACUGCUGGCCAAGGUGCAGCGCUCACCAGGCCGGCUCUACUACCUCGAUAUGACCAUCACUGCGCCCGUCUGUCUGACUGGCCCAUGGACAUUGCCUGGCGCUGGCAUGAAAGGUAUGGACACCUGA